CCGGAACAGGAAGUACAAUUUGUUUGCAAAUUGUGCUGCUAAGAACAACAACUGAAAUUGAAAAUGGAGACUCACUUCACCAUGGGCAAGUCUGCGAUUCUAGAGCGCUCGCUCACCCGACCCAAGACUGAGGUCAGCGUGAGCGCAUUCGCUCUGCUCUUCUCUGAGAUGGUGCGGUACUGCCAGAGUCGGGUGUACUCUGUGUCCGAGCUGCAGGCACGCUUGGCAGACUUGGGUCAAGGCGUGGGGGCCAGCCUGCUGGACGUGCUGGUGUUGAGAGAGAAGAAUGGAAAAAGGGAAACCAAAGUGUUGAACAUACUGCUCUUCAUCAAGGUGUCGGUUUGGAGGGCCCUGUUCGGCAAGGAGGCAGACAAGCUGGAGCAGGCCAACGACGACGACAAGACCUACUAUAUCAUUGAGAAGGAGCCCCUGAUCAAUGCCUUCAUCUCGGUGCCCAAGGAGAACAGCACGCUCAACUGUGCCGCUUUCACCGGGGGCGUGGUGGAGGCCAUUCUCACACACAGUGGCUUCCCCGCCAAGGUCACGGUGCACUGGCACAAGGGCACCACGCUCAUGAUCAAGUUUGACGAGGCCGUCAUCGCCCGAGACAAGGCACUGGAGGGCAGAUAGGAUAUACAGUUUUCUAUGGGAUUAAGGUCUGGAGACUGGCUAGUCCACUCCAGGACCUUAAGGUGCUUCUUCUUGAGCCA